AUGUCGUUAACCACCACUUCUACAAUUCAGAAUCUCCACCGAGCCGCUGAAGUAGAGAUCAAGGAUCUCAAGCAGUGGCGAGACAAUUAUAGUAAAGAUCCCCUAGACGAUCACUGGAGCCUGCUCGAAGUAGGAGACACGAACAAGCUCGAUGGAAGGCAGCUCAUUCCCGCACCGAGUCUAUUCAAGUCUUUGACCACCAUCACCAAUACCUCAAGUCCUACGACAGAGAAUGGAGGACCUAUACCAACCAUAGGCAAAUGUGCAACUCACCUUGAACUUCUGGAGGUAUUCUUUGCCUUACGCUACAACAUCGUCAAUUCAGCCGCACUAGACGCGACAUUUGGAAUCAAAGUCAACAAUAAGAUCGUAUACAGGAAGAAGUUUGACCAACGAAUGGGGGCGUAUAUCUACAAAAAGACAACCUUGCGAGACGAUACGUACCAAGAUCGGAGGAGAGAGAAGUGGGAUUUUUACUUGAAGAUUGCGGUGGUGAGGUUUGGGACUUGGAUAAAGGCUUCUAAUAAAGCAGUUGAAGAGCAUGCGAGGGAGAAGGGGGGUGUUUUUUCUUUGCCUUGUUUGCCUCCUUUGGAUAUUCUCAUGGUCUGGCACGCCUUUCUAUUGAAUCCCAUCGAUUUUCAGACUUAUUGCUGUGACAAGAAGUUGAACGCCAUUCGCCGUGUGGAAUUUCCAUGGGAAGGAAUUCAAAAAGCAAUAAAUACAAAGACUUGGUCCUAUAAAUUCCCCGAAGAAUCACGAGAAUGGACCAAAUACGAAUGCCAAAUAGAGCCCGAUUUAUAUCAAUAUCUAGAGGACGUCGGAGCAACAUCCAGCCCCGUCGCCAGCACACUGUCCCGCUUUGGGGACCCUAAAGAACAAGUCUGA